AAAGGCUACCAAUUUAUUAUCUAAACAACCGUCAAAACUAACAGUUACUUUUGCAAAGCUGCAAGAGAGUUUGGAAGCCAAAAAGUUAACGGACGAAGAAGAUUCAGAAAAAAAGGAGGAUGAUGGGAGACGUAGAAAAAGCUCGUUGGAAGAUUUGGCUACAGUUGAACGAAAACCAUCUAUCGGUAAGGGCGAAGGUGAAACAGCAGAGGAAUUAUCUGGCAAAAAAAAGAGAAAGAAGAAGAAAAUGAUCAGAGAUGAGGAGAUGUACACCGACAAAGAUAGAGCUGCAGCAGCUGCGAUGGGAUCAAAAGAUAUUAAACAGUCGUUGAAGAUGAAGAAGAAAAUGGAUCGAUCACGUAUGCUGCAAAUUCCUGAAGAAGCUCAGCCAGGCAACUUCUUAGCUUUGGCGAAUUAUGAGAUGCUUCGUGGAGAUUUGGAGAAGGCUCUCGAUUGCAUUAAUAAGGCUUUAGAACUUAAUCCGGAGGAGAAAAGCGCAUUGGUCGCUAGAAGCAAAUGUUACAUUUUAUUGGGCCAGCCAGACAAAGCUCUACAAGACGCCGAAAAGGCUUUAGAAAUCGACAAAAAGUACGUAAAAGCCCUCUAUCAGAAAGCCGAAGCUUUAUACUACUUGGGCCACUUCGAACACAGCCUCAUGUACUACCAUCGGGGAUUAAAAAUACGACCGGAGCACGAGGGUUUUCAAUUAGGUGUCAAAAAAGCUCAGAAAGCUAUCAAAAACGCAAUCGGCAGUGGAAUGAAUACUUCAAAAAAGAAGCUUUUUUCAAACAAACCGAGAG